UUCACUUUAUCAGCGCAAUUGGUCUUCAGCAGUGCAAUCUUGAACGAUUUUAUUUUUUUAGUGUUUAUUGUGAAAGCUAUUUAUUAAUCAAAAUGUAAAAAUGGCUCAAGCACAGUGUUUUUGUUUUUUACGUUUUUUAUCAGCGUGAUUGUUUUUAAUUGUUAAAAUCCUGUUCAUCUAAAAGAAAUGAUCGAUUUAGUCAGUCACCUGGCUAAUAAUUAUAAGCCCAACAAUGAAUGCAAGGUCCCAAACUUUUGAACUGACUGUUGAAGGUCACCAAGUGGAUGAAGCAGUGGCGAGUAUUUUCCACACAGUAUUGUUCCACCGCUCGCUAGGAAAAUUCUGUUACAAGCAAGAAGGUCACUACUCCAUCGGAACUGUUGGUUAUGAAGAUGUGGACUGUGAUUUCAUCGAUUUUACUUACGUAUGUUGCUCAUCCUACUACCUUGAUCGCACACUGAAACGCGAAAUUUCAGGCUUUUCAGAAGCUUUACGAGGGAACGAUGGUCCAGGCUCCGGACAAAUUUCCUUGGAGUUCUUUCAAAAGAAGAAAACUAGGUGGCCUUUUCAACCUGAAUGCAUACCAUGGGAAGUUUGGAACGUCAGAUUAGAACUAAUCAAACUCAAUAAUGAGCAUGAGAGGCAGCUAUGUCGAGAAAAGGUGGGUGACCUUCUCACUGAAAAAAUCUUAUAUGUAGCAGAAAUAAUGAACAGGCAUGAAUAUGUUCCAACAAUGCCUAGUCAAUCAGAUCUCGAUUUAAUUUUUGACACAACGUAUCCUGAUAUACAACCUUAUUUAUUUAAGCUAUCUUUCACAACAUCAGAGCCUUCCAACACAUCAGUAGGAACUACUAUGAGGAAGUUGAUUAAAGAAACCCUGUCAAUUUAAUUUUAACUGUGAAUUUCGUCCAACGACGAGUUGUACACUUCUUAUAAAUAAUUGUACAGUGCUUUCUGUAUACAUGUUUAUACAAACCCCAUUCAAUGAUCAUUAUCGACCAAACCGAAGACUUUAAUUUUAAAAUUGUAAUCGGCUGAAAUUGGAUGAAUCAACAAAUUAGAUAUAUCGAUGUAAUUUUACUUUUUUAAUGAUUUUUUUUCUUUUUUAAAAUUUGGGCCAUGUUUGUAACUUUCAAUUUUUUCUGGUGCUAUGCCUAAAAAUUGACAAAGCCUCAACUCGUUUUCAAAGAUAAUUUUUUGCCCCUGGUAAAAUCUCUCUAAAUAUUUCAGAAAUUUGUUCAUGUUGACAAAAUAGGUUUGUGUAGUGUGCACCUCUGAAAAUACUCACCAUCCAACAAAAGAUUCCAUAAAAAACAAUGAAAUGUUCGAAAAUCAUGAAAAAAAUUUAAAUCUUCUGCAAGAGAAGAACCAUUCAAAAUAAAAAACUUUCCCACCUUGAAUCAGUGCCUGCCAUCCUGGCGAGGCCGAAAUUUAUUCAAAUGCUGUACUUACAAAUAUUUCCUAUGGCAUUGACCAUUUUAUGACAGCACUCAUAGGAUUUUUUUUUUUCUUUUUAAGUAGAGAGACAUUUUUUCUGUUAAGAGUCAAAAACAAUCUUUAUAGAAGCUCUACUACAUGAUACUAAAUUGUCAAUGAAAAGACAAAAAAAUAUGAAGAAAAACAACAACCUAGAAAUAGCGUUGUACCAUAUUGCAGGUACUGAUUCCUUUAAAAUCAGAGUUUUUAUCAUUACGAGAAGAUACUUAAAAACACAGUAACUACAGAACUCUUCCCACAAGAUGUCUCUCUUCCCUGCAGAAAGGUUUCAUGCAGACCUCCUCUGGUCCGAAAAUAUAAAUGUGGACCUUUUACCGAAUUCGAUAACAAAGUCUGUUAGUCAUGGAGGGAAAGAGUUAUAUGUUGAAGGCAUGAAAGUAAUUAACUUACCUAUUGUUUAGUUUAAGAGCCUUCAAAGGAAAUAAAACUCUAAGAAACCCAUUGUUGUGAUUAAUGCUGGUACAGUCAACACAUUUUUCUUCGUAUUUCAUAGAGGAUGUUUCUAUCAUUACAGUACUAUUUUAAAAUGCUUCCCACUUUUAACCGACUUUCGCAUCAAUCUUUCUACUGCUUGUAUCUGCAUUUUUUUUCGAACCAAAUAAAUUAUAAAGUCGGGCAAUCGUGACUUAAAAGGAUAACUUACUUUGAUCAUUCAUCUCUCUUCAAGGUGAAUCCAGGCAUUAUUUUAGUAUCUGUGACAGGCCACAGGAAAAAAAAACCUUAGUAUGUACAUUAAAUAAUGUAUAUCUCAAGCUGUUUUUGCUGAGCCGAGAAAUCAAAAUUUUGGAAAGCUCUUGAAUAUUGCAAAGCACAUGUUAUUAGUGAUUUCGUUCAUUUUUGUGCCAAUAGAGGGCAUGUAUUUCAUUGAAACUAGGCAGUGUUGAGACCUGAACGUAGGAUAUAAAACCUUGAAUGGUUUUUUCUCGAAAGCAAGUUUUUUUAACCAGGAACUUCAAACGCUCAUAACUUCAGCCUCACAGAUCAUUCUCCUGAGCCUGGCACUAAUAUUUUAAUUCUGAGUUUUUCGACACCAAGGUCCUUUUUCCUACAGACAAUCACUCAUAUCAGACUUAAUUUGUCUUAUAAUUUUUUAAUUUUAACUUUUCUCUCUCCUGGAGGAAAGGCAGGUCUUCAAAAAGAUCAUUCAAAAUACAAGAUCUUAAUGGCCGAAAGUUGAAUUUUAAUGAUGGCAUAAUUAGUUUCAUCGAUUGGUACAGCAGAGCCCUAAUACCUGUCAUAUUUUUGCAUUUAUUUUUAGUUGCUUUGACCAUAAAAAAAUGUAAAUAUUGUUCUGAAGUAUUCUGCCGGAACAAAAAUCAGCCUCUACGAAUCUGAUUUUUUUAACAUUUGAACUGCCACGCCAGUCCCUAUGGGAUUUGCUCUUAUGGAAGCCAUUCAUAAAACAUUUCUGCUCUCUAACAUCGCAUAUCUUAACUUCACAUUACACCCACAUUCAAAAAAUGACUGCUGCUCCGGAGCAUUAUCUGUCAUACUUGCAAGUUUUUGCGCCUCUCAACUUUUGAAGUUAUACCGUGAUAGUUGAUGUGUUAAAGUAACUCAACUCAUAUUGUUACCUGGCGGAGCAAAUUUGAUCUGCAGUGGAAUACUGUUCAACUCUCUUAUAGGAGUUUUCUAAAAACUUAGGCUGUUGAAACUUAUCAAUUGAAUGCAAAAAAAAAAAAAAAAAAAAAAAAAAUAUAUAUACACUAAGGACACUGGUAAAAGCCUUUGUUAAAUUAAUCUUUGUAUAGUAAUAUCAGACUUGUUCAAAGAAGCUGUGCAAUAUGUGCAAUAGCCUCACCUCAGGCAAAGUCAAAUCCUUCCAAGUAUUUCAAAUGAAGCACUGAUUUGAACUUGGGACCGUUAACUCUCGUAAUUUUCAAAUUAAAAACUUAAAACUGCGAUAAACUUGAGCUUCCACCAUGUUCAAAUACAACACCAUUUAUGAACCCAUGUCCAUACUUCCAGCAAUUUUUUAACAAUGCUCAUUGGCAACUGAGAAUAUUAAAGUUAGAUUGUGGCCCUUUUAUGAAAUGUGCUUUUAUGUAAAUACUGAUGUUCUAAUUAACUUUUAUCAUUAUGAUGUUGAAGAUUUUAAUUUUACAGCUCAGUUGGUCAAACAUGUGUAAUUGUAGUGUAGAGUCUUUAUUUUAUUUUUAAUUUUUUUCAUUUUUCAAAUUUUUUGUUUUAAUAUUCAAAGGUUUAAUUUGUAAUUUUUCAGAAAAUCUAGUGGUUAGACUUCUUUUCUCUCUGUCUUCAUGUUAGUUGAUUAAUAAAUGCCUGAUUACUUUCCUAUAA